AUUCAGAAUAUUUUUCCAAGAAGUCAGGUCAGAAAGUAUGAUCAUUUUGACCAAAUGUAAUCCAACUCUUUACUUCAAAAUUUUGCCGACUCAGGUGGUGAGAAAAGUUUGCAAGCGUUUACGGCUACGAGGUGGCGUUGUAAUCUGGUUACUCUUUGGUUGCAAAUGAGCAACCAAUUUUUGUAAACAUUGUGCUCAUUGAUUGACGACUUACAAUUGAAGUUAAUGAAUCCAACGAUAUUGAUGAUUGUCAAUUUUUGGACAUUUAGCUAUCAUUUUUUAAAUUUUUACAAUUCUUGAAUUGUAGCAUCGGCAGAUUGGUAAUCUGUGGCUUUCAAAGACCUUAUGGCUUAGCUCGUUCUAUUCCAUCUCAUAUUUGUGUGAGUAAAGGAUAAUGUGAAAGGAUAGUGUCUCUAGUCAUUCCUAUUUAAUUAAUCACUCUAACUUUAACACUGCCCGAUAUUAACUAGGUUUUGAGAUCUAACCUAGCUUAAGAUAAUACCAAAAUUAUUCCGUUAUCUACAAGAUCACUCUUACCAGAUUUUGAAAACUUGAAAAGUGACCUAAGGUUUUUUCUCACAAAUGUGUAACUUACAACUUGGAACACGCCUUUUAAGAUCAUUAAACGUUGGUCAGAAGAUCUUUCAAACAUUUAAACUUUCUGCCAUGGAUAUUCACCAUAAUCUUAAUAUUAAAAUUUAAGUGCAAUCAAAGUUAAUGGACAGUCUUGGAGUCUGCUAACAAUCAAACUUGUGGUUAGUUUCUUGAUUUACGUCAACAUUUGGUUGAAUUUACAAAUUAUUUGGUCGGUUAUCAGGAAUAACUCAACUCAUCACACAUAUGAUUCGAGCUACUAUUCACUUAAGCUGUUCUUAAAGUGUUCCAGUUCAAUUUAAAGUUAUUUUAAUUUAAUUUAUUUGUGUUUAUCAGUCAUGGUCAAAACUCGUAAAAGGGUUGUAGAUAAAAUUCCUCGUCCUUACCAACUAGAGGCUCUUGACAAAGCUCUAAGCAAUAAUACAAUUCUUUGCCUACCGACUGGAUCAGGUAAAACUUUUAUUGCCACUAUUGUGCUAAAGGAGCACGCCGGAGAAUUGAACCUUCCAUAUAAUGAGAAUGGUAAAAGAGCCUUCUUCUUGGUGCCAAAUCAAGUUCUCGUGCAACAACAGGCGAAAGCUAUCGAAAAUGAUACUACUUUUAAUGUUGGUCGGUUUUCUGGUACAAGCAAAGACAAGGAUGGUACUGGUAUCGAUGAUUGGACUAAAGCUUACUGGGAUUUGAUUUUUAUGAAAUAUCAAGUUUUAGUUAUGACACGGAAAAUUUUCUUUGACAUCAUCGCUUCGGGGCACAUUAAAACAUCUUCGAUAGCUGUUAUUAUCUUUGAUGAAGCGCAUCAUGGGGCACCCAAUGCUAAAGGAAAAAAUACCAAUCACGACUACGUCCGGAUAAUGGAAAUACUCAAGGAGAAAGGCCAUUCUAAUAUCAGAAUUAUUGGACUGACCGCAAGUUUAAUUAAUAAUCGUUGGGUUGAUGAAAACAAAUUGGAAUCAAUGAUAAAAGAGAUCGGCAACACUUACUGUGCUGAUGUAUUUUCCCCUGAAACAUCAAAGAUAAGUAAUGCGAAUGAGAUAAUCUGGACAUUCAAAGUUCCUGAAGGCUGGGAUGCUGAAUUUCCAGAUGCUGUAAAAUCUUACCUAUCAAAAAUGAGUUCGCUGAUUGGAUCUAUCAGCGGAAUGAAAAAGAAUCAAUCCAUCCAUCAUGAGGAUUUGUCAAUGGUUGAGGAAAUGUUGGGAAAUGCAGCUAAUCCGAUUCCUUUGGAUCUCAUUAAGAAUACUUUCACAGAUUUGGAACAUAUUUUUUCGACCUUUGGGCCAUGGGCAACUCACCGAACAGUCGCAUUUGUUCUUGAGAGCUAUGAACGUGAGCUUGAACUGAUUAAUCAUUUGGAAAAUUCUUACAAUGAAAUUAUUCAACAUGUUAUUUCAUUGCUUAAAAAUCUUGAGAAAAGUCUCAGGGAAAAUCUUGUCCGGAUGUCUAAACGAGAUGCUCUAUUAGCUGGAAUACCGAAUAAGAUGCUCCGUCUCCUUCAAUUUUUGUAUGAGUUCAAUAGAAAGAAAGACAGUGACCCGAUUUCUGCCAUUAUAUUCGUUGAACGUCGCUUAGAUGCUUAUGUCCUCUCAUCUUGGCUCUCCAACAUCGCACAGUUUGUUUCAGGAUUUGAUUUCAUAAAAUGUGAUUUCACUGUUGGUUUUUCAUCGUACAAUCCUUUUCCUUUCAAUUCCCAAUUCAGAAAAAAACAAGAAACUGUUAUUACCAGAUUCAGAGAAAAGACCCUCAACAUCCUCGUUUCGACUUCUGUAUUGGAAGAAGGGUUGGACAUAAACCAUUGUAAUUGUAUUGUCAGAUACGAUAAACCUACUAACUAUCGUGCAUAUGUUCAAAGUAAAGGACGAGCUCGCAGUAAUGGAGCUUAUUUCAUCUUUUUCGCUAAAGAAGCCGAGAUAGAUGCAACUGAAAGGGAUAUUGAAAAGUUUCGUGAUACUGAAAGAAAGCUGCGUUUUCUCUCUAAACCUUGUCAAGCAGAAGAUUCUCAAGUUAAAAACUCAUUUGAAAUGUUGCAAACGAGUGCUGGCGGUAUUUUGCCUCUCUACGAGGCAAAAACCAGAGUGAUUUUUUAUUGUGACCAUCUACCUGCAGACGGAUACACUGUCAAAAUGCCUAAGAAAGAUAUUUCUAUUCACCGAAAUGCUGCAACAAAUUUUCAAUUAUUCAAAUGUAAGCUCACUUUACCGAAAAUCUCACCCUAUCAUAAGUUGCCGAUUUUCGGGAGAAAAUGUUCAACUGCAGCUGAAGCAGAGGCGUCUGCCUAUUUUGAAGCAGCCAAAGAACUUUGGGCUCAUCAAGAAUUGGAUGAUAGCUUUCGUCCGUUGGAUCGGAAGACUUUGAUUGCAAGAUUGAUGAAAAAAUAUAAUCUGGAUAUUGAUCGAACAGAAAUGAAAGAAUGGGAAGAGCAAAAGGCUGCUAUCAAAAGAUCCAAUCAAAGAAAAAAGAGGAAAGAAAGAAUCGCGUUACCACCUAAACCUGGUACAAAAAAGAAGCGUCGUCAAUAUCCAAUCAUCUUUUCGGAUAAGUUAAAAGGUUACCAGUCUAUGGACUCGCCCUGCUGGUUAUACAAAGUCUCUGCGAAAAAUGAAAAACAGGAGGAAACUAGUCGCCUUGGUUUGAUUUCUUUCUAUCCCUUACCAUUGGAAGAAAUCGAAGGCAAAAUGCUCAUUUAUUCGUCUAAGGAAAAUUUGACUAUUUCAUUGGAGUUGAUAGAAAAUUUUGUUUUGAAAGAGCAGCAGCUUGAAAACAUCAGACACUUUCAAGAGUUUAUUUUCUCUGGUUGUUUAAAAAUUGGUGUCCGUGACGAAUCUAAAGAAUCUUCAAUUUUUUUCACUGCAGCUGUAUCUGCUUAUCAUUUGUUAUACAUUUUCCUAACCGAUGAUAAAAAUAUUGACUAUCAAUUGUUGAAACAAACAUACCACCGUCGCCCGAUCCAGCCCUCUGAUUAUUCAUCGCUGACCGGUGCAUUGAUCAGUAAAAAUUAUGGUGUUAAUCAAAGAGGACUUCUCGUUGUUAAAGAAGUUGACUUUACAUUGUCACCUAAAUCUCCUUUUGUGAACGAAAGUUACGCCACUUUUGAAGAUUAUUACAAAACGCGUUAUGGAAUAAAAUCGUUAAAGAGUGAUCAACCUCUUCUUUGCUGCCAUGCCGCUCCCACAAAAACAUUUUUUCCUUGUCAACCAGAUCGAAAGGCUAUGAAACUUGCUAAUUCUCCGCAAAUUGUACACUUGGUUCCUGAACUUUGCUCUUAUGAAUACUUUUCCUAUGAAUAUUUGGAUAUAAUCUACACGAUUCCAGCAAUAUCUUCAGUAAUCAAUCAAUAUUUGAACGCCUCUGCUAUUCGCAGAAGACUUUGUUCAGAAAUUGGUUAUGGAAUAGCUGAAAUACCAGUCGAUGAGAAAUACAACUGGGAUCAACGGUACAAAUUUACAAACUUCCCUGAAAUGAAAGUUAAAAUUGCUGAAUACACCAAGCCAAAGGAAUCAAUUGACUUAUCAUGUGUCAUUGUUGAUCAUAUUUCGCCUUCUAAUGGUGGGAAUAUGGAAACUCAGGACGUGAGUCACCCGGAAGACACAGAUGAUAGUGAUAGUGAGGAUAGUGACGACAGUGAGGAAGACGAUGACGAUAGCUCUAGUGAAACAGCAGAAGAUGAUGAAGAUGAAACAUCAAUGAAUACUUCAGAGGAUACUUACAAUACUGUUUAUCAAAAUCUUCCCGUCGUUAUAAAACGUGCCAAUGAUUCUAGUUUAUUUAAUGAAUUAACUCCGGUAGCUCAACCUAGCAUUGCAAAAGUUUCAUGGAAUGGUAAUAAUGUCAAACUUAAUCAUAAUCUGUUACAAGAUUAUGAGAAAAAGCUGAAAACAUUUAAUUUAAGAUCUUGGAAAAGCUCUCAAAAUGGAAGCAACGGUGUUGAUUUUAACGAACUAGAUUCUGACAAUGACUCUGCUAAAGAAACUAAUCAUUAUGUUUCAACAACUCCAAUCUAUACGGAUAAAUUAUCCCUCUUUAAAUAUGGCCUGCCAAUUGAGCUGAUUGUGGAAGCUUUCACCACGAAAAAAGCUGACUCUAAAAUCAACCUUGAACGAUUGGAAAUCAUUGGUGAUUCUUUCUUGAAAUACAUCGUUUCUGCCCUUUUAUUCCUACAACUGAAUGAUUUAAAUGAAGCAAGAAUCACUUAUCUCAAAAUGACGCUUGUUUCAAACUUUUAUUUGUUGCAUUUGGGUCGAUCUAAAGGCUUGGCUCAAUAUAUAAAUGACAAAACCUUUCUUCCGAGGUUGAACUGGUUACCGCCAUUUUAUUCAUCCGCAAAUCGUAAUUUUACCGAGCAAGAAAUUAGCGAUAAAAGUGUUGCUGAUAUGAUGGAAGCUUUGUUGGGUGCUCAUUUGAUCUGUCUUGGCGAAAAAGCAGCAAUCUCGUUUUUAUCUUGGAUUGGAAUGCCUUUAUUUACAUCAUUCAAUUUUGAUUCAUUAAUGAAUGACAACUCAUAUUUGCCAUCCUAUCACGAUACUGUCCCGAUCGAGAAUCCAGCAGAAAUUCAAGCGGCCUGGAGAUGUGGCAACCUAUCAAAACUUGAGCAGAAACUUGGAUACACAUUUAAACGCAAAGAUCUUUUGAUUGAGGCUCUAACACAUCCAUCCUGGAGUCGAUCACAUUUUAACAGUUAUCAAAGGCUUGAAUUUUUGGGUGAUGCUAUACUUGAUUAUUUAAUCACUUCUUACAUUUUUGAUAAUCAAAAAUAUCAGCAUUUAAAGCCCGGAGAAGUUACAAUCAUUCGUCAAGCGCUUGUUAACAAUGACUACUUUGCAACUAUUUCAUUAGUUAAUGGAUUUGAUAAAUUCAUCUUUCACCUCUCUCCUACUUUGUACAAAGAAAUCAACACUUUCAGAGAGCAAUUAACUAAAGCGGAUCUUUUUGGUGAAAACAAGAUCAAACUUGGCAGCUUUCUUCUUGAUAAUCUUGAGAUGGAAACAUUGACCGAACCGCCCAAAGCAUUGGGAGAUAUUUUUGAAUCAAUUGCUGGUGCAAUAUAUUUGGACAGUGGCAAUUCUUUAUCUACUGUUUGGCAUAUUUAUUGUAAAUUUUUUUGCAACGAGCUUGAAUUUUUCUGUGCUAAUGUUCCUAAAAGUCCAAUUCUUCGCUUAUUUGAGGCUUUUCCAUUUGCAAAAUUUGUAUCAGAAAAACUGCCAAACAAAGAAUCAAAAAGGAAAAGACUCAACUUAAUUGUCGAUGGAUGGAGCUUCAAAGUCGAUGAGACUAAAUUAUUGGAAGACGCAAUGAAUAAACGGACUGAAAAACAUUAUCUGGUUCUCAGUGCCUUGAAUAAACUGGCCAAAUAGUUAAUAUUAUUUCGAUUAUUUCGAACUGUGAAAUUGGACAUUUAUACAACAUGACUGAAAUUUAUUUUUCAUUAAAUCGUGUAGGAAUUUAUUAUUACUGUAAGAAUCAUAUAUUUAAUUUGGUAUGCCAAUUUCAACUUUCCAUUACUCUUUAUGAAAAUUUUUCUAACUCUUCCAAAUCUGCUUUUGUAAUGAACAUUAACAGUUCAUUCUUCAACAAAACUAGAUAUUUCUGUAUUUGUCUCAAAUUGCUCAGUCGUCUAUUAAUUAUCUAAAUUAUAUCCCACUGACUGUUAAUCUUGAAGUAUUAUGAUUAAUACUUAUUCCAAUUAAUCAACCGAAUGCUAAACCUAAUUAAGUUUUGAGUACUUCAAGCAAUUAACUAGAUUGUUUCAAAUUACUAUUGUUGACUACUUAUAAAAAUAACAAUAUUAUAAAAAAAAUAAUUUUGUAAGCAA